UCUGGUCGCACGGAGUAGGGAUGCGUUUGGUUAUGCAGGGACGGAGGAUUGAUGCUUGGUCUUUGGCAGCCAAAGGUCAUGGAGGAUCAAUUAGCAUGGUACCGGUGGUACAACCUCCUCCUGAACCACCACCAUGGGAUGUACGAGGUGCUAGAGUUUGUGAAAGUUUUUCUUGUAGUUUUUAUUUGUUUGUUAUUUGUUUUCUUGUGUCCACUUUUGUUGUUGGUUUUGUCAGUUUGUUUAAGUUUUUUGUCUCUCUUUAUGUCAUUGGGUAUGGUUGGAUCUAUGGGAACACAUUUGGCUGUGUCAAGCCCACUACAUGGUUAGCGAUUCGUGUUUCUCUCUCAGGGGUGACCGUUUCAAAGUCUCACCAUAGGGUUACAGUCAUAGUUGUUGGAGUUUCAGUUGGUGUCAGUUUUAUUUUCCCUUUGCUUGAUGUAAUGAUCCUGAAUCUUUUGAUAUGAAUAGAGGCCUGUUUUGAUGAUAAAAAAAAUUCAAUUACAUGGCAACCACUACCGUUUACUCUUUCGACUAACUUUCACAAGUAGCUAGGAAUGCUAAGAAUAGCUUUUUGCUCUUCAUGAAAAAUAUCUGCCGAAGCUAGUGUCGAUGUCCCAACUUCUUCCAUCCAUGCUCAUAAUCGAAUACUUGCGAUGUACUAGUGACCGGUCCCUCCCUCCUCACGGCCCCGCCAUAUUUGGGUGCCACACUUGCACUACCGGAACUGCUUUCACUAUGCUGCCCCAAAUAACUGAGAGUUGCUGUGCCCCACCCCCACCUCUAAGACUCUCUUAUGUGGAAAAUAGAAUGCCUUUAUAUUAUUUUACUCACCUCUGCAACAAAUAUUACU